AUGGAAAGGAGGAACACCUCUCAUCUGCCGGAUCCAGAAAAGACAACAUCAGGCUCUUCAGAGUUUUAUUCAAAGCAAAAGGCUAUUAAGAGCGAGCAGAUUCCACCCGCUCCUCACCCAGCCAAGUCAAUUGACGGAGAUUUUACUGGUGAGGGAAUGGCUUCGUUUAGUGAUGAUGAAGUCGUGCGGCCGUACGCGAUCGAGGAGCCUGCCGACGAUGACCCACAGCCUGCAGCUUUACCACGUCGACUUCUAUUGUUGGAUUCACCAGACCAUCUUGAGCAGUGGCAGCGCGAGGUCCGCGUAGGGCGCAUUUGGGAGUCCGCGGAAGAGGAUAAGGGAAGGAGUCUCUGCGCCAAAAGUCCGGCUGUGGCCCCUAAGAGAGGGCAAAAGAGAAAACCAAGCGGAGCACCCGGCACUGGAACGUAUAAUUCCGCUCUUCUUCGGGCUCAGGUGAAGAUCAGAGAUGAAGAUCCUUCGUUAUCUGGAAGGACGAUCAACCCGAAAAGACGCCGUAGGCGGAGUACGGCAGUGGAGGAUCUACUCAAGUGCCAGCAACCACCACUUACUUUGGAAACACUGCGUGACAUGGGAGUCCCGCAAGGCUCAUGGUCGGAUAUGCCUGUUCCAAGCAGCCUGGAGCCUACAAAUGAACCAGCUGUCGUUGACGAAAUGGACAUCGAUUGA